UACAUCCGGAAAAGUAGUGCUAGAAAUUCAUUCGCAGAAUUUCAUGUGACGUCAUAUUCUGUUUUCUUUUAAAUACAAGCCAGCGUUUGGAAGAAAUCAUAAAAUUACAAGACAGAGAUCAUGGCUGUUUGGAUGAAUAUUGUUGUAGAGAUAUUAGCGUUGUUUUGUUUAUCUCUGUUUGAAGUUAGAGAUGCAAGGGUUAUCAAAAGAACAACUGGAAUCGUAAAAUUCACGACGACGCCGACAAUGAAAACUACCACAGAAACAGUAAAAGGUGAUAGUUCAAUUUUAUCGAUGGGUGGGGAGUUACCAACUGUGAGUGAAACAAGUCCGUUGUUAAAGAACGGAACGACAGCUUUUGGCGAAAAUUCCACAAUGCCAAUUAACGGAACGACUGUUACUUACGAAAAUACCACUGAAUUAAUAAAUGGAACAAAGAGUGGAAACAUAACAUUAUCCAUAAACGGGACAGGUGGAAUCACUAUAAAUAAAACAAUAUCAACAAUUGCCGGAAGUAAUAUUCUGGAUUUAGCGUUCAUUAUGGACACAACCGGAAGUAUGGGUUCGUAUAUUCACAGCGCACGAAAUAAUAUAAGAAGUCUUGUUGAUGAAAUUGCAGUAAAUUCUGAUAUUGAUCUACGAAUAGCUCUCAUUGAAUACAGAGACCAUCCGCCACAGGAAACAACGUUUGUUACAAGGACAAAUGAUUUCACGAAGGAUGUCGAAUUGAUGAAAAAAUGGCUUAAUAAAGCUCAAGCAUCAGGAGGCGGUGACGGUCCUGAAGCCGUUGCAGAAGGACUGUAUGACGUAACAAAGUUAUCUUGGAGACCUGAGGCAGCCAGAAUAACCGUUCUUAUAUCAGACGCACCACCGCACGGACUUGCUCCUUGGAAAGAUAGCACUUUUAAAGAAGGGUCACCAAAUGGUCAUGAUCCGAUGAAAAUAGCGCAAGACUUAGCGAAGCGUGAAAUCAUCAUUUACGCAGUUGGAUGCGAACCAUCUAUAGAUCCAUAUAAGGAUUUCUUUAUGGCUUUGGCAUACAUCACCGGUGGUCAAUAUAUCCCGUUGUCAGAUCCCAGGCGUCUUAUACAAGCUAUCAUAGGAGGGGCACAAGAAGAGCUCUCGUUACAAAAGUUCUCAAACGAUGUCGAACAAGAAAUCAACAGGGUAACGGCAGCAGGUGGUGUUGUCGAUGAAGCCAGUAUUGCUCAGUCAGUGUACGAACAAUUACAACAGCAUGGCGCUACAUCAAAACAACUUUUAAGAAACGAUAAACCUCUGGAAGGUGCUUCGGGACUUGCUAAAAAGUUUGCUGCUUUUCCAUCGAUGGAUGGUGUCAGAAAGGCCUACAAAAGUGAGCGCGAUUCUGCGCCAAGGAGAGUAGCAUCCUAUCCACGAAUAAUGUCUAAAGGUAGUUCCGGAAGUUUAGACAUGUUGGAUUCACCAAUGUAUCCAUCGAGGGCGGCUGGACCUCCGGCAUUAGAUGCAAGUGGAUUCGGUGGAUACGCAGAAAGUGUACCUAUGAGUUCUGGUGUUUCCGGUUCCUCCUCGAGUGGAGCCGGUGCUGGAGAAUCAUAUUCUACGGUUGAUUCGGCCGUAAGUUAUGAACAAAUCGCUCGAUUAGUUAGAAAGAAAACAGCAAAACUUUCAACUCCUUGAAAAUCAUAUUGAAGAGAAUGUGAAAAUGGAAAAUGCUAUGACAUAUAUAAUGAUAUUUUUAUAAUGGUGAACUUAUAAUAUCGUUAUCUUAACCGUACAAAAGCUCCAAAACAGUUGGUGGUUAUUUAAUUUUUACUUACAAUUGUUUUGUUUUUUAAAUACAAUGUAUAUGAUGCACUGUGUGUACCCAAUAAUGAAACUUUUAUAUUUUUAUGCACUUUUUAUAUUACAUGUUUAAUACAAAUUAUAUGAUUAUAUUUGUAAUUAAUUUAUACUAAAUACAGGUAAUACAUUUA